AUGUGGAGUGAAGUGGAUGGAGGUCGUGGAGCAAACCAAAUAGCAUCUUGUUUAAUGAAACAUUUAAGUAAUAUAAGUUCUUCCGUCAAGCAAGUUACAUUAUAUUCAGACACAUGUGGAGGUCAGAAUAAAAAUUCACAUAUGAUGGCCAUGUACAUGUCUUGUAUUAAAAAUCACGAAAACAUAGAAAUCAUAGAUCAUACAUUUUUAGUUGCUGGCCACACUCAUUUGGAGUGUGACAUAGAUCAUGCUUUAAUAGAAAAAAAAAAAAAUAGUAAAACACCGAUUUAUCAUCCGCAUGACUGGCUACAACUUGUAAGACAAACUGGCAAAAAAAUCCAUUUCAAGUAA